GGAGGAGCUCGCAGAACCCGCCUCCAGCCCCCAGCAGCAAAUAAAUAGAAGGCUCCCAGCCUCAGGAAGCCGGGAGAAGUUUCUAGGCGCGCGUCCCGGGUUUAUUAAGCUCCUGGCUUCACUGUAGAACGCAGAGGGCUGGCUGCGAGCCUGGGCAGCCUGGGAGGACGGUGGCUUGCUGAGCUCUGGCGAGGUGGUGCGGAGAGGGGCCCUCUGGGAUUUUGCUGGACCAGCCAGGGGUCUUGUCUUUGGGGGCUGGGACCCCAGCCUGCUGUGCAUCCCAGUGGAUGGUCCUGCGACCCUCUGGCAGAAGAUCUGCAUUUUCUGAAGCUAAAGAAUAAGCAGUGAAGACCAGCCCACCCCCAUCACCUUGCUGUGUGACCUUGGGCAGGUGGCUCCUUCUCUCUGAGCCUCUGUUUCCCCUCUGAGCUCAGCAGCCAUCAUGGCAGAUGGUCAAAUGCCUUUCUCCUGCCACUACCCCAGCCGCCUGCGCAGAGACCCCUUCCGGGACUCGCCCCUCUCCUCACGCCUGCUGGACGAUGGCUUUGGUAUGGACCCCUUCCCCAACGACUUGACCGCCUCUUGGCCUGACUGGGCCCUGCCUCGUCUCUCCUCUGCCUGGCCCGGGACCCUGAGGUCUGGCAUGGUGCCCCGGGGGCCCACUGCCACAAACAUCUUUGGGGUUCCUGCCGAGGGCAGGAGCCCCCCACCUUUCCCUGGAGAGCCCUGGAAAGUGUGUGUCAACGUGCACAGCUUCAAGCCAGAGGAGCUGAUGGUGAAGACCAAGGAUGGCUACGUGGAGGUGUCGGGCAAGCACGAAGAGAAGCAACAGGAAGGCGGCAUCGUUUCCAAGAACUUCACAAAGAAAAUCCAGCUUCCUGCAGAGGUGGAUCCUGUGACAGUGUUUGCUUCCCUAUCUCCUGAGGGUCUGCUGAUCAUCGAGGCACCCCAGGUUCCGCCUUACUCACCAUUUGGAGAGAGCAGUUUCAACCACGAGCUUCCCCAGGACAGCCAGGAAGUCACCUGUACCUGAGACCCCAGUCUCAGCCCAUCCUUCUUCUGUCCCCUACCCUAGGGCUUCUCUGAUUCCAGGGUACAUUACUUUAGCUAAACUCAGAUCUAGUGCAACUAAAAUGUGGGGGGUCGGGGGGUGGGGACUGACCACUGAUUUCCUGGAUAGUGUAGCAAUAGGUUUUUCCACAAGGUGGCGCAAUUGGCGAGCGAUGCUUGGUUGCGUUAUGCCAAAACACUAGGGAUUUCUCUAUCUUGACGAAAAGGUUGCACAUUCUAUAGUUGCCAAACAAAACAAAAGGGGACUUAACGUUUUACCUGGCAUCUUGCCUUGCAGGAGAUGCAAAGGUUACUUUCUCUGGGGACCUCCCCAUCACCCAAAUUCUUACUCUGGGCUUCCAAUUUCCAUGCCUGCCGCAUGGUUUGGUUAAUGGAACCCACUACUCACCCCACUGUGUCUCUACACGGCUGACCUACAGAGGGUUAUAACAGGUCUUAUACCCCCUAUGGGCUUAAUCUACCAACCACAUGAAACAAACAGUGCCUUCUGUCCUCUGCCCAGAUGUUUACAGCAUGUUCCCAAGCUGGCACUCCCUAGGGACUCUGGGAGCCUCUCGGUUUAUUCUCUGGCUAAGGUCCCCCUUUCUUGUGUCCCCUAUGUCCAAGUCGGGAUUUUUACAGAGGGAGCUGUCCCCAGACAGCUCCAUCAGGAACCAAGCAAAGGCCAGACAGCCUGGCAGAAUGGCGUGUGGUAUUGUGUCUACGGGUGGGAUGUGUGUGUCGUUAUUUGAGUUGUGCUGUUGUUUAGGUAAAAUAACACUCAGUACAUAAGAAAAAGAAUAAAGGAGCUGAUGUUCUUA